AUGCAAGUGCAACAGAUCUAUAGUGAUGGCGAUGCAACUAGAUCUUUUAAUAUGAGCAAUAUAUCUGCGAUAGAUAUGUUGUCAUUAGCAGUAAGUCUUUUCAAAAUUUCAGUGAAAAAAACAAAACCACAAAAUUUCAGUGAAAAAACAAAACCACAAAAAAGCCAGGCUUUUUUUAAAGGUUUGGAUUUGCAACGGAAAGUGAAUAUUGAGCUUGCAAUGUGCUCUGGAUGGAGUUGGUAUAAACAGUCCGAAAACGGAAGUGGAAAAUUUUUUGUUGUACCUGAUGGCUGUUUGGAUGAACACUAUUGUGUUCGUUUAGCUCUUAUUGGAUUUCUUUUUCAGGUCUUCGCAUCAUUUGAUAACGCCGGUGAAUUAAUAUUAUCGAACUCAAAACAACAGCAAAAUGACUGCGACCAACGCUCAAGGGAACUUAUUUCAUAUCUUUAUUCAGUGAUUUACCCAAAUCGAACCAUUAUUUGUAUAGGGCUUUUGUUUGAGGCCCUAAAAUCAGCUGUCGUUGAAUUUUUGCGUCCACUUGCUCUUUUGUAUCAUUCACUUACGCUUGUUCCGCCACCAGAAGCAUUAAAAGAUCCUUCAAUUCACGAAUUUGAACCGUUGUGUCGUUAUAUGGGAUUUUCACCUUCUCUUUAUGAUUUCUUAGCUGGAGCUACCGUUGAAAAAUGUUUUAAGCAGUGGUCACAAAAUCAGAAGCACAUACCAUUCGUGAAACUAACGCAUCAACCGAUUCAAGUGAACUCUCUAAUUGAUCUACCCCACGAAUUUUCUGUCUUAAUAAAUAAAGCUGCUGGUUUUAGGUGUCCAUCUUCUUUGCAACGAGACCAUGGUUCAGCAGCUCCAACACUUUGCCUAAUAUGUGGAGAACUACUUUGUUCGCAAAGUUAUUGCUGCCAACGAACAGUAUUAACUGAAUACCAAUUACCCAUAUAUUUCCUUACAACUUGUUUUAUCCUUGGAGAACUAUUAAUAGUAAAUCAGUCAACCUAUGGUGCUUGUAAUUAUCAUCUAUUACGCUGUUCAGGGCCGUCUGGUGGCAUUUACUUAAGAAUUCGAGACUGCCAAGUCAUCCUGUUGUUAGCCAGUUUGAGAGGUGCUUACUUGAAUGCUCCAUAUGUUGAUGAAUAUGGUGAAACAGAUUUCGGUUUCAGGCGUGGUUUGCCAUUGCGAUUAAACUUAGAACAUUAUGCGCAGUUAAAAAAGUUAUGGUUGAAUCAAUCAAUCGUCGAAAAAGUGGUCGAUUUGCAUGAAGUUGAACAUCGUGGAGAUAAUUUUGGCUGGGAGCUUAUCUUCAGAAUUUUUCAGUGGAAAAAUAUUUGUUCUUAUGCAGUCUACUUCAGAAAAUUCAAGUUAUGCCGUAUAUCUGCGGAAAUAAAGGGGACAUUAUGGGACACUGGAAAAGAAUUUCAAUUUAGAGCAAUGUAUUUUUGCACACAUUCAUUUCCUCCUGAGGGUAUUAAUGAUUAUUUUUCAUUAUUUUAUCUUGCGCUAUAUCCUUUGAGAUUGAAGUUUACGUUUAAUAUUUUUUAA